AUGCCGCAAACACGAAAAAAAUCUGUUCAUCGAACUCCAAAAUCUCGCUCGGAGUCAUAUUCAGAUAUGAAUAAAGACGAUUUUACCGUACUAGACCAUGCUACAGUAUGUGCUGAAUGGUACCGUUUAUGGACUGCAUUUGGUUUUAGUGAACAUCAAUGGACAUCUCGUGCAGCAAAAGUUGAGGAAUAUACACGUAAAUUACUUGAAAAUAAACUAUUAACCUAUAAAGAACAAUUAAAUAAACGAAAUAAAUUAUUAAAACAAUCCAUCGAUGAUUACGAAGAUUUAAUGUCACGUACUGGCCUUUCAUCUGCGAUUGAUAAAUCUAUAUUUGAUAAAUUAAAAUUGAAAGAACAAGAAAUUUAUAUUGAUAAGAAAAUGCAAGAAUUAUUAAUUAGUGAAGGCCAAUUAAUUCAACAACGAAGUGAACUUGAAAAUAAACAAAAGCAAUUAUGUGCAUUACUUCAUAGUUCACCCAUUGAAUUCGAUGAAAAUAUUACUAUGUCUCUUGCUGAAAUUAAUAAAAAAAUUGAAGAUCAUAUUAAAAUGCUUAGUGAUUUAAAAGAUCUUCGUCGCACUCAAGUUUCUACAUAUUAUCUAAAAUUAAAAGAAUAUUCUGAACAAUUAGAAUGGGCACCACCGUCAUCAUCAACAGUUGAAUAUCUUCUUUUCGAAAAAUUUGAUCGUUGUCUUACUGCUGAUUGUCUCAAUGAAAUUGAAAAUACAAUACACAAUUUGGAAAGUCAAAUAGAAGCACAAAAAACUUGUUUCUUUGCACUACAUAAUCAACUGGGACAUCUCUAUGAACGUUUAGGUAAAGAUCCGGAAAAAGAUUAUCUAUUAAUCUUUAAACAUGGUAGUGAUAAUAUCAAUAAAUUUGCUAUCAAACAACUUGAACAUGAAAUAGUAUGUUGUCGUGAAGAACGAAUGAAAAAUGGAAAAGAAUAUCGAAACUCAAUUCGUCAACAAAUCCUUAGCUUAUUAGAAAAAGCACAUCUAGGAAAUGAUGAACGAACUAUACUUAAUAAACUUGAUUUUGAAACUUUAACUCCGGAUAUCCUUGAUGCGUACGAUGCUGAAUAUGAACGUAUUAGUCAAUUCUAUGAAAAACGUAAACCAAUUCUCGAUGCUUAUGAAAAAUGGCUUUCAUUUUGGCAGGAUUUUGUUGCUUUCACUAAAGCGUCAACCGAUCCUGGCCGUUUUCAUAUACGUGGAUAUAAUGCUGAUGUUGAAGGUCGUAAACGUAAAAAAUUCCUUCGAGAAUUACCACAAGUUGAACAACAAUUUUUAAAUGUUCUAUCUGAACAUAAUGACCCAUCAUUUUUAAUUGAUAACAUACCUAUUCGACAAAAAUUUGAUGAAGCUCAUCUGCAAGUGCCAGCAUCCGCUUUGCCAUCAACGAUAGCUGCAAAAACAGCAGCAACUAUAGCAGUGUCACAUCAUAGUUCAGCGUUGACACCUGUUCGAUCUCGAACACCCGCUGCUACACCUCGUCGAGUAGUCAAUAAAGAAUCAAAUCUUGCCACUACUGCACGUCGUCCUGCCAAGACACCAUCAACUAUCAAUGGAAGAAAACUAUUGAAUAAAGUAGCUAGUAAGACUGAAUGUCAACCAAAACGAGCCAAACCGCGCGCUCCUCCAUUGUCACACACAUCACCGCCAAGACCAGCUAUUGUAUUACCUGUUCAUCCACCUGCACGUACUGAUGAUCAAGCUCUUGAUUUUUCACUUUUACAUACAAUGAAAAAUGUCCAUGGGCAAAUCAAGGUGAUGACAUCAACUCCUAAUUCGUCAUUUGAUAUUGUAGAAAAUCGAAAUGGUAGUAAUAUUAAAACAGCUCAUAAUGUUAUUGGUAGACGUAAAUCUAAUAGAUUGUCAAAACGAACGCCUGUUCCAUUGAGAACGGUGGAACAACUGGCCGAAGAAACGGUAGUGUGUUAA